GAAUAACUUCGUUUUAAUAUUAUUGUGUUGGCAGUGCUAGGAUAGCGGCUGGUGAGAGUUCGCUGUGCAACGAAAAAAGAAACGAAAUUGAGAAAUUGUGAUAGAAAAAAACCAUCCGCAAACUGUCAAAAGAAAAUUUAGUGCGCUGAAGAUUUUUGGGUACUUGAAAAAGAAGACUCUAUUAAAGGGCAGUUGAGCUGCAACAGGCAAUGGGCAGUAAUUGGAGUUGCUUUAGAGUUUAAGUUCAAGAAUUUUAAAUUUUCGAUAAAUGCAAAAGACUAAAAUAAACAGUGCGACCACACCUGAGCAAGCUUAACGCGAGGAUACUGAUAACCAAACAACAAUCUUGUGAUGCUUUAUUAUUUAAUGAGACGCACAUAAAGUAGCGAAGUGCAUUAAACAUAAUUUUGUAUAGUAGAAUAUUUCAGUGAAGUGCUAGUUACAGUGCUUUAUAAUCUAAAACACUUGUGUAUUUUUACCAAAUAAUUCCCGAUUAUAUUGUGUACGUGUGUAAAGUAAAUUAUUGUGUUUAAUUAUGGAAUCGGCCUGUUCAUUUCAUCCUUGCGAUGAAGCCGUUAUUGCCACCAACGACGACGCCAGCGAUUGCAAACGCUGUGCUGUGCGUUUAGGAUACUGGAAGGAUGACUAUAUUGGCUAUUUUGUACGCAAUCAGGAUCGCAAGGCGCCGGAGAUAAAUCGUGGCUAUUUUGCAAGAGUCAAGGGCGUCGAAAUGUGCAUAGAAAAGUUCCUGAAGAAAACCAACGGGAAUUGCCAAAUUAUAAACUUAGGCUGCGGUUUUGACACACUCUACUUUAGACUACGCGAUUCAGCUCAUCAAGUGAAAAAUUUCAUCGAACUUGAUUUUCCCACAGUUACAGCACGUAAAUGUUAUGCUAUCAAAAGGAACAAAGCGCUAUUGGCUAAAAUCCACGAUGAAGAUGGAGAAGUACGCUUGAGUCCGACUGAUUUGCAUGGUCCUAGUUACCAUCUCAUGGGUGCCGAUCUUAGAAACUUAGAUGAAAUCGAUAAUAAAUUUCAACAAGCUGAAAUCGAUUACACAUUACCGACAAUAUUUUUGGCCGAGUGUGUUCUUGUCUAUAUAGAAGCGCAAAAUUGUAAAAAUCUUCUUAAUUGGAUUUCUAAUAAAUUCACAACAGCCGUAUUUGUCAAUUACGAACAGGUAAAUAUGAAGGACAGAUUUGGUGAAGUAAUGCUGAACAAUCUGCGCAGUCGUGGCUGUAGUUUAGCUGGAGUUGAGUCAUGUAUAUCAUUGGAUACACAAGUUAAUCGAUUUUUGGAAUGCGGCUGGAGUGGUAGCCGUGCAUGGGAUAUGGUUCAAGUAUAUCAAAGCAUCUCGCCAGCUGAACGUCAUCGCAUCGAAAGAUUAGAAAUGUUAGAUGAGGGCGAACUGUUAUUGCAACUAUUUCAGCAUUACUGCCUUGUAGUGGCUUGGAUAGGUGAACUAUUUCAGGACAUUGAAAUAACUGUUGAAAAGCGCAUGUCUUCGCUGAACAUCGAUUAAAGGCUGAACAAAUUUAUUAAUGGAGUGAUGUUGAUCCAUUAAAAUCGUCGUUAUGGUUUCCAUUGAAUUGGUCAGAUAUAGUUAUAGUUUUUCGAAAAUAAUGAAGUGGAUGACGGUUUACUAAUAUAAAUUCAAAUAAAUUUGAAAAAAAAUUUUUUUUUGUUGGCAACUUAAAUUUAAAAAUAUCGUAAUAAAAUUAUUCAGUGUUAAAUGUGCUUUUUUAAUGAGCAGCGUCGAUUUUAUU